AUGGGCGCCGGUCCGUCGUACGAGGUGGGGCCGGAGGAUGUCAUGGGCAAGAUGAUCCCCUUUUUGAUCGAUGCAGCCCGCCAGGGCGCCAAGAAGUGUGUGGUUGACGGCAAGACGUUCGCUCCCUUCGGGAUGGUUCCUCACCAAGUGACUCCCAUGAAGGUCUCCGCUUACCGCCCGAGCAGUGAUGACAUCCCGGAUAAGGUCGACCUGCGCCGAUACAUGACACAUGUGGAGGACCAGGCUCAGACCAACAGCUGCUGUGCGAACGCUGUGGCUGGUGCCUACGAGUACAUCAACAAGCGUCAGGCAAUGCAAACCGGAGACAGCAUUGCCGACAUCUCCCGGCUCUUCAUCUACUACGUGGGGCGCAAGAAGGACCAGCUGACGUUCCACGAGGAUACGUCGGUGAAGCCCAAAGACGAGGGCAUGACCUUGGGUGGAGCCAUCAGUGCCCUGGAGGUGAAAGGGGCCUGCCUUGAGAGGAACUGGCCGUUCAACGAGCGGAUCGUCAAUGACAAGCCCCACGACUUCUGUUUCAACGAGGCGGUGCGCUUUAAGGUGGCGGAGUCCAGGGAGGUGCCUGUGGACCUGGACGCCAUGCGACAGUGCCUCGCCGAGGGACAUCCCAUCGUCUUCGGCCUGAAGUUGACCUCGCAGUUCUUCAAGCCCUCCCGGGGAGGUGGCAUCACGACUCCAGACCCCUCGGACCCCAAAUCUUCUGAGCACGGCCUCCACGCGAUGCUCAACGUGGGCUACAACGACCGCCAGAAAUGCUUCAUCAUCAGGAACAGCUGGGGAACCUCUUGGGGUGAUCGCGGCUACGCCUACGUCCCUUAUGACUACAUCUGCAACUCGGACUUCAACUUCUUGGGGCAGUACUGCAUCAUUGGCCUUACGGAUUCAGACUUCACGCCCGACCCGGACGAUGGCAGGAACUACAACUUCCAGAAAGAUGCAGAUGUGGAGAGUGUUUGCGUGGAGGAGUAUGAGUCGGAAGUGGCCGAUGACGAUGUCCCCGAUGACUUCGACCCUGCCGAGGAGUUUGACCACAGAAACAACGCAGAGCAAGUCUUCAAGAUGUUCGAUCGCGACGGGAACGGCAAGAUUGACCAGCGUGAGCUCUUCACCUGCUUCCUGUUCAACGGCAUCAGAGUCUCGCCACGCGAUAUCCCCAAGAUGCUGGCGGAGCAUGAUUUGGAUGGAGUUGGUGGCCUCGACUUUGACGAGUUCUACACGCUCUUGUCCGCUCUCGAGGGGAACAUGGGUCACUUCUGCGGCAUGUGA